AUGCGUGUAGGCCAGCCAGAUGAGGUGUCAUUCUCUGGUGCAAGCCAUCCUCCCAAUGUUUACAGUCAAGAAGAGCUCCCCAAACAAGUUGUUCGCACACUCAAUCAGGGUUCUAAUGUUAUGAGCCUGUAUUUCCAUCCUGUUCAACAAACUAUUCUUCUAGUUGGAACAAAUGUUGGUGACAUCGGGAUAUGGGAAGUUGGUUCACGCGAAAGGAUAGCACACAAGACAUUUAAAGUUUGGGACAUUGGCUCCUGUACCUUGCCAUUGCAGGCUGCACUAAUGAAAGAUGCUGCAAUAUGUGUCAAUAGGUGUCUGUGGAGCCCUGAUGGAAAUAUUCUAGGUAUGGAAACAGGCAGUUCAGCUGCAUUAUUAAUACGCGCCAUUUUUCAAUAA